CAGAAGUUGAAGCCAAGUCAACCACAUUUCACCAAAGUCUUGAAACCGCAAGCAACUCAUCUACCUCCAAAAAGCCAGCCCCCCCCCCCCCCCCCCCUUUUUUAUCUGUCAUCCAGUUCAUUUCUCUAUUCUGAUCAACCAACUUUACAAAAAAAAGCAGAAACUGUUGAAGCUGAGAAAACCCCAUCGAUUUCUGUGAUGAAAAAGGGCAAUCCGCAUCAGAUCCAAAGAUUAUUGUUGCUGUUCUCGUAACAUAUCGGAUUUGAUUCGGGUUUUGUUCAAGAUAUAUGUGUUUGUAACCUUCGUUUGUUAUCUAAAUUAGGGUUCUUGGAUCUUUAACAUUUACAAUGGGGAUUUGUUGGAGCAUUCAGAUUAAAUCCGAGAGUGCACUUUCCAUUGGUUAUGACUCUAAAACUGGUGAAAAGAAUGGAAAUAGUAAUUCAAGUAGCAAGGUUUCAACUGGUUCUCAAACACAAACACCUAGAAGUGAAGGUGAUAUUUUGCAAUCAUGCAACUUAAAAAGAUUCACUUACAGUGAGCUUAAAAGUGCCACUAGAAACUUCCGGCCGGAUAGUGUUCUGGGCCAAGGUGGGUUCGGUUCGGUGUUUAAAGGGUGGGUCGAUGAGCAUUCGCUUGCGCCUUCAAAGCCUGGAGUUGGGAUUGUGAUUGCGGUUAAAAGGCUUAAUCAAGAAGGAUUUCAGGGACACAAGGAGUGGUUGGCAGAAAUAAAUUAUCUUGGACAAUUACGCCAUCCUAAUCUUGUGAAAUUACUCGGCUAUUGUUUAGAAGAUGAUCAUAGGCUUUUGGCGUACGAGUUUAUGCCGAAAGGUAGCAUGGAGAAUCAUUUAUUCAGGAGAGGUUCUUACUUCCAACCACUUUCAUGGCGUCUUCGCAUGAAAGUUGCCCUUGGUGCCGCAAAGGGCCUCGCCUUUCUUCACAAUGCUGAAACAAUGGUCAUAUACCGUGACUUCAAGACUUCAAAUAUACUACUUGAUUCAAAUUUCAAUGCAAAACUAUCCGAUUUUGGAUUGGCAAGGGAUGGCCCCACCGGUGAUAAAAGCCAUGUUUCUACUAGGGUUAUGGGAACGUAUGGAUAUGCUGCUCCUGAAUAUCUAUCCACAGGUCACUUAACGGCAAAGAGUGACAUAUACAGCUUUGGAGUGGUUCUUCUCGAAAUCCUAUCAGGCAAAAAAGCAAUAGACAAAAACCGACCAGCUGGUGAACAAAACCUAGUCGAAUGGGCCAUCCCAUGUCUAACAAACAAGAGAAGAAUCUUUCGGGUUCUUGACCCACGCCUCGAGGGUCAAUAUUCACUUGGACGGGCCCUCAAAGUAGCCAACCUUGCCCUUCAAUGUCUAUAUAUGGAACCCAAAAUGAGACCAAGUAUGGAUGAGGUGGUGUCCACAUUAGAAGAACUUCAAGACGAUGAAAAACGUGAGCGUAGGGACCCACAUGCCGAGCCCACAACCACUAAUAAAGCCCGGUCAUGUAGGCAAGAAGCUGGGCCCAAAAUGGCUGCUGCUUAUCCCAGACCUUCGGCUUCCCUUCGUGCGUAAGGGCGAUGAUGCUUUUGUAUAGAUGUUUUUCUUUUUGUAUUGUUAUGUGUUUUGCUAGUGGUUUGUUGGGAGUUGAGAGAAUAUGUUGUUACCUUUAACUAGAAACACUGAUAAAUUUUGGUGAUUAUGCAUUAAACUUAUCGAAACUGAUAUAGCUUUGGAUCGU